UAUAUCGCCAGCUACAGGUAGCCUAAGUAUAUCGCCAGCUACAGGUGUUUUGUUGGAUGCUAUCCUCACGAAAAAAAAAGCGCCUUUAAAUUCUAAGAGACUUAGCAUUGUGGAUCCUAGCCUGCUUGGUGUGUUCCUGUUUACUUGAGUUCGAACCUCGGAAAUUGCAGCUCCGGCAUGUCGACUGACAGCAAUGUGGACUAUCCGGAAUUCUGCACCUUCACUGGACUCAAGAACUGGGAGCUAGACAUCCUCAACUCCAGCUGGUUGGAGCUGGUGGGUGAAGACAACAGUCGACGUGCUGAGACAGCCACAAGCUUAGUGCUGUGGUUGUUCGACAACAUCCCCAACAUGCAACAACGUUUGUCCAACAAGAUCCCCAUGUCAUCCCACCGUUCUCUGCUCAUAAGUGACAAGAUGUUCCUGUCCCACUCCUUCAAGCUGAUCGGUGGCCUGGAGAGGCUGGUCCACGCCUCACGCGACCCCAAGCAGUUGGAGAGGGAGAUGAAACAUCUCAUCCGCAUCCACACCCACAGUAAGCCGCCAGUCGGGGACCAAUACUUCAAGCACUUCCGGCGAGAAUUCCAUGUUUUCUUACAAGAGAGAUUUAAAGCCCAGGGCGAUGACGAGAGAAUCCGGAUCUGGCAGGUUUUGGUGGACAAGUUCUGUGACCUGAUUCAUGAGGGGGAGCUACACGUCAUCAAGAGGGAGCAGGAGAAGAGAGGAUGCUGUUGUGUACAAUGACACAGGACAUUGUAUACAGUGACACAGGACAUUGUGUACAGUGACACAGGACAUUGUGUACAGUGACGCAGGACAU